AGUAGCCAUUUUCUUUCUAAAUGUGCUGAAAUUUUGUGAAGUAAUGGAAUUUUUUGACACUAAUGCAAUAUUCAAUGACUUUCAGUAUGAACUUUAAAACAAAAUUUUAAUAAUAAAAGUUAACUUUUUAAAAUACCGUAAUUGAUGUAUUAAUAUUAAUUUUAAUGCACUGGAUUUUUAUGAAAUAACAUAGCUGUUUGUAUAAACUGCAAUGUCGUGAAUGAUUAUUGUACAUAAAAUUGAUGUUUAUGAAAAAUCAACUGACAAGUAUAUUUUUCAGAGUUUUCUGAAAAAUGAGUCCAAAAUCACCUCAAGUUUUUAUUCAAUUGUUUAUACAUUUUGAUGGCCAGACUAGAUGUCCUUAUGCUGUGUAGCAAGUUUGAGCUGACUCCGACUUCAAUUUUUCAAGUUACAGCCAUUUUAAAACAACACCUAAUACCAGAUUACCAUGUGUUGUAUGGUAACAAUAGUUUGUUGUGUGUCAGUUCAUGUAAUUAUUGCAAUCCUCCAAGAAUAAUUCAUGUAUUGAAGUAUGCUAUACCAUUGAAAGGAUUACUGGGUCCAGUGAGAAUCAAAAAUAACAGAUCCCUGAGAGAUGUAUUAUCAUCAGCCUCAGUUCCCAGUCUUCCAGUAUCAGCAGCUCCAGUAUGUUACUGAUGAUACUAAUCUUGGAUUGAUUGCACUGAAUGCUCUCAAGAAACAACAAGACAAACUUAAAAGUCUUCUUUCAAGAUCUGAGCCUAUUUUCUCUCACAUAGCUGUAGCUUGUAAAUCAGCCACAAUAAUUCAUUCAACAGAAUAUGAUAAGAUAUUUGAUGCCAAGACAGGCCAGUCAUUAGCAGAAAGAGCCGAUACUUUUAUUAACUGUAUAAUGUCAGUAGUUGAUGUGUGUCCUGAUCAGCUUGAGGUGUUUCUAAAUAUUGUAAUGAAGAAGGGAAACAUUGCUUUUGUGAGGAUAGCUAAACUAAUCUCUCAGUGUUUUAAUGGAGAAGUACCUGAACAGUGUUGUAUAAAAUUGAACAAGCAAUGAGAAGAAGAUUGUGUUUUUUAUUAUUCUAUAUGUUUCUUUUGAAUUUCUUCAAGUUAUUUCACAAUAAUUGUAAUCUAAAAUCUGUCUGCAAUGGAUGGCAUCGGAUUUAUUAUUGUGAGGUGGUAGAUCACGUGAGCAUUGUCAGCCUUCAAUAAUGGCUUCUCCUUUCUCUUCUUCUGUAUCAGUAGACCCUACAAAUCAACUGAAAAUUACUGAUCUACCUGAAGUACUUCAAUUACUCAGAAGACAUGGUUACUAUGGAACCAGUUAUGAUCUAGCCCAGACGAGAGCCCUGCAGACCACUAGUUAUGAUCUUGGUCUGUUUCUUGGACUAUCUCCUGCUACACUGGAUGUUAUUACAAAGGAUACUAAAGGAGAUGUUAGGAGGUGUCUACGUGAGUGCCUUACUAAAUGGUUACUGAAAGCUGAUGAUGUAGAGACUAAAGGUGGUCCUACUAUCAGUUCAUUGAUAUCAGCAUUGAGGAAAUUAGGAGAGAAUGAAGCAGCUGAUGGAAUAGAUAUGGAGAUGCAUCCUGCUUGUAGAAUUCUUGCUCAUUAUUACUCAAACCGAUUUCUACUGUCUGUAUUACCUGAGUUGGGUAUAUCUUUGUAUGGAGCAGAACUUAUACAAAAGAUGAUCAUCCCACGUUAUAUACAAGGAGAAUCACUACUGGAUGAAAUACAGGCAGCUGUUUGUGCUGAUUAUAAAAAACUUGAGACAUUUGCUGAUAUUUUAUGUAAAUACAGAGUCACUGCUGAUAUAGGAAGAGCUAUCAUGAGAGACUACAGAGAGGCUUAUGGGAGUGAUGAUGAGAUUGGGCUCAAGAUUUAUCUUCCUAAGAGUGUUACUUCAGAGCUUUAUUUGAUGCAAUUGAAGUUGGCGGAUACAUUCUUCAUUGUUAGAUCAAUCUUGAUGAGGAACCCUCAGUCUCCAUCCAUUGAUAUUAUCAAGCAUGUACUGGGUAGAUAUGACAUGACAUUAAGGCCUCAGUUAGCUCUGCGUAAAGAUGUCCAUAACAUUCUACAAUUAGUACGUGAGAACAGUUCACUUGAUGACGUUAGUAUGUUGGAGUAUCUUGUUAAUGAGUUCAAUAUAGAGGAGGCUAAGCUAGUAAUUGAGGAAUAUAAAGCAGCAAUUGAGAAAUUAAAAAUGAAACUUUGUCAAUUUUUGGAAAAAGAACUUUUAAAAGUUUCAUCACUACUUGACUAUAUUACAAUUAUCGUUGAUAAAGAUACUGGCUAUUCAGUACUUAAAGAUGUACAGAGACUGUCAUCAGCUGUAUUAUCAGAUGAUGUCAGAAUAACUGUCGUUAGAAGUGAUUAUAGUAUGUGGGAAGAUAGUAAACAAGAAUCAUUCACUAAUACUUAUGUGGGCCCUACUGUACAAAGUAAAGAUACCACACUAACAACUGAAGUACCAGCAGGAACAACAGAAAAGGAUGAGGAUCAAGUUAUGUUGCUACAGGAGAAAGUUGAAAGUAUUCAAAAGCAACUGGAGGAAGAAAAGGAAUUCCAUGAAAAAGAGAAACAAUUUAUUAUAAAGAAAUACGAAGAAGAGAUACUUCAACAGAAAAGGGACCUCAUUCAAAAUGAAGAGAGAAUAGCAACACUUACUGAACAACAGGAGGAAGUUACUGGAGACUUGAAACACAAAACAGAACAAUAUGAAGAAUUAAGAUCAGACAAUGAGCUUACUCAUAAACAACUGGAGGAACUUGAGAAGGAACUAAAAGGAGAGAAAUUGAGAAAGAGGAGCUAAAAAUAAAGAUUGACUAUCUUCAACAAGAAUUAGAGCAAGUAUCAGUUGAGAAAUUACAGAGGGAAAUUCAAAAGAUUAAAAAUGAAAGGGAAACAUUUCAAA